AUGACUCUAAAUACCAAGAAGAAUGCUCGACGUAGAGUGGCUGACAGCAUUAGCAAGUCUCCUGCUCCACCGUCGGUACAGCAGUCACCAACCACAAAACUGUUAGCUGCAUUAAACAAAGCUCAGAAUGCUCCAGUGCAGGAACAUUGUUGUGGUGAAUGUAUAAGCAGUGUGAAAACACGAAUGAACGAAAGCCAAAUGGGUACGAAGGAGGCGGAACGACCGUCGAUUUUGCGAAAAGUGCUCAAAAAUUUUCAGAAUCACCCUUCUGCUGUUCCUUACUCGUUAUGGUCAGUAAGUCCCACAAAAGCAUCACAAACGGCUCCUCGUAUUCCACCAGAAGUGCUACAAGAUCUUACAUUUCGGUUUCUCGCAAACAUUCCCGAUGAGGAAAAGUCGGACAAGGUUCGAAUGUGUUUCCAAGUCGAAUUGGCUCAUUGGUUCUAUAUCGAUUUCUAUUGUAAACAAGAGGAAAGGAAAGACUGUGUACAAAUGGGGAUGCGGGAAUUUGCAAGGCAAAUCUUCAAACACUGUGAUGAGCUCGCACCUUAUGCGGCAACUGUAGAUCAGGUGAUUGAUGAGUGGCGCUGGUACAAAUCGACCGUUCCCACAUAUGGGGCGAUUCUUCUUGAUGAAUCGUUAAAUUAUGUACUCCUUGUUCAAGGAUUUUAUGCAAGCAAAAAUAGUUGGGGCUUUCCAAAAGGAAAGGUCAACGAAGGUGAGGAACCUCGCAGUUGCGCUGUUCGGGAGGUGUUCGAGGAGACAGGAUUUAAUUUCGAUGAACACUGCCCUCGUGGGUGUGAGAAAAAGCUACAGAAAUUUGUAAACGAGACAAUGGUCCGGCUAUAUAUUGUGCCUGACGUACCUACUGACUUUCCAUUUGCGCCACAAACUCGUAAUGAGAUAAGGUAA